AUUUGCACAAAGAGAUACAAUGAUAAAAAAGGCAACAUCACUCUUCGUCGUUCUAAUAGUUGCUUUGCUCCUUUUGUCUCCUCUCUUCUCCAGACAAAUAGAAGCAAUAUCCACCAAACAAACAAAGCAUCGAAAGCUCGGAAAUGGAGAAGAAAAGGAAAUUAGGAAGAAUAAAUUGGUUAUCCAAAUAAAAGCGAAAGUGAAGCGAAGCUACUCCAGAAGGGGACCCCAAAAGAAGAAUCCUCCAAAGAAGCCACCGUGCAAGCCCCCGACUCAUCCUCAUUAAGGUUUUUUUUCCCGCGUGUUCGUAAUUAAACAACGAAAUGUUCGUAUGCAAAUGAGAUUUCAGUAAACACAAUGACGGAUAAGCUUGCACAAGGUGUGAGGAGUUCUCCUUCAGCUAUGUUAUAUGUUGAUUACAUAUCUUCGACUUGGUUUUUCGAUCCGGUGGUUUCUUAAUAGAAUAAUUCUCUUUGUUGUCAAAAAAAAAUAAAAGAGCUUGCAAUUAGUCAAUA